AUGCCAGCCAACUACAUCAUCGAGCAGGACGAAUACGAUUCUCUGCGUUACACACCAUGGCAGAACGGGAUGAUGGAUCCUAGUCCUGCUCUAUCACAUUUCCUUCCAGCAAAGGCUCCUUUGAGCACCAUGCAAAUCAAUGUCGCCGACGAGCAGAUUGUGAAGAACAUCACCGAAUGGAUGUCAUCAUCCGAUAUGGACUCACCAAACUCCAUCUCUCCCAGCGCUGGAUCUGUCACGCCUGCUGCUCGGGGCGUCUACUCGCAGCAAGGACUCAUCAAUGUCCUUUUCUUUUCCCGUGCCUCACUUGAACGAAUGGUCAAGGAAGAAGGCAAGGCGGUAGUGGAGUUGUUGCGAUUGAUGAACGAAACUCGACUCGCCGGUCGUCUUUGCACGCUUUUGGAAAGCAUGGAGGUGGAACUGGGCUCUCUGAGCUAUGCGAUAGAGGAAAUGCAGUUGACCAUGGAAUAG